GAGACGCUCUCACUACCUCUUUUCUUUGGGGAGUCUCUACUCGGGAUUAUUAUGAACGCGUUUAACCACCACCCUGCGCCUAGCACGCAACAGAGCAGCCCUAUCCAGCACCACAGCGCGCAGGACCUACUGGACAUGGCGGUGUACUGCGACAACUACGGCGUCUACCAACAGAACCUGCACCACCACCAGAGGCCCGCAGCCACCUCCGGAUACGGCCUCGGAGACUACACCGCUCCUCCGUCAAGUAACCCGUACCUGUGGCUCAACGGGCCCGGCAUCAACUCCCCCCCGUAUCUCCCCGGGAACAACUCUUCCUCCUACAUCCAGUCCGGGUACGGGUCCAAUCAGCGGCAGUUCCUCGCACCUCCAGCCGGAUUUGGAGGCGCAGACCUGGGAUGGCUCUCUAUCUCCAGCCAGCAGGAGUUAUUCAAGAUGGUCAGGCCGCCGUACUCUUACUCCGCGCUCAUCGCCAUGGCCAUUCAAAACGCCACGGACAAGAAACUGACCCUGAGUCAGAUCUACCAGUAUGUAGCAGACAACUUCCCGUUUUACAAGAAAAGCAAAGCGGGCUGGCAGAACUCCAUUCGGCACAACCUGUCACUCAACGACUGCUUCAAGAAGGUGGCCCGGGAUGAAGAUGAUCCGGGAAAAGGAAACUACUGGACUCUUGACCCAAACUGCGAGAAGAUGUUUGACAACGGCAACUUCCGGAGAAAGAGAAAGAGGCGCGCGGACAUCACCGGAGCCGACAGCACCACCGCGUCUCCCCCGCUCAAAUCCGGAGACACCCCGCCGCCUCACAAGCUCUCCGACACGGCCAGCCUCAUGAGCACAUCCCCGCAGAGCAUGCACGGCUCCCCGACCUCCACCGAGUCCAAGUCCUCCCCGUCCCCCCCGGCCCCGGAGCACAGCCCCUGCUACAACAGCUUCGUGUCCAACGUGAAUUCUCUUUUGGCUGAAAACCAUCACGGGAGAAGCAUAACGGAGCGGGAUUACAGCACGGGACAUCUCGCGGGACUGUCCCAAAGCAGAGAGGGCAUGUCAGGACUCGGCUCCUACUCGCCCACGUUAAUCUCUCCUCUGAACUCUGAGAACAGCAGAGUGAAUUACUACUCCUCAGUACAAAACCUGUCCAACCAUUUCAGCGUCAACAGCCUCAUAUACAGCAGAGAGGGCACUGAAGUCUGACUCUUUCACUAUAGCGGACUUUUGUCUCCGCAUUGCGCC